AUGAAGAAUAAUUCGACACGUAAUUUUUCCACCAAAUCCUUCUCUUCCUCUUCCUCCUCUUCCCCCCGGUGGUCAGAAGAAUUAAUACAAUAUUGUGAACACCCGGAAACAUUUAGUGCAAAUGAAGUAUAUCAUUUUGAUAAUGAAUUUGUUAUAAUUACCGAUAAAUAUCCCAAAGCCAAGAAACAUUUUUUGGUAAUGCCAAGAAAAAGAAUUGAUGGUAUUGAAAAUUUGAAAAAAAGAGAUUUAGGAAUGAUGAAGAAAUUGAAAGAAAAAGGGCAAUGGGUUAUUGAGAGUAUGAAAGGAGAAAAUCCCAAACUUAAAUUUCGUAUGGGAUUUCACGCUUUACCUAGUAUGAAGCAAUUUCAUAUGCACGUAAUUUCUCAAGAUUUUAUUUCUCCAGCUUUGAAAAAUAAAAAGCAUUGGAAUUCAUUUACAACACCUUUCUUUAAGGAUUAUGAAGAAAUUGAAAAUAUGUUAAAAGAAAAAGAGGAAAUCAAGUUUGAUAAAAUUUAUUAUGAAACUUUAUUAAAAAAGCCAUUGAAUUGUCAUUUGUGUAAUAAGAAAGAUAUAAAAAAUAUUCCAACUUUAAAGAGACAUUUAGAAGACCAUUGGGAUGAUGAUAGUAGUGAGAAAAGUGAAUAA